AUGACCGUCUUCCGAAUCACCGUCACUUCCGACACCGUCUGCCCGUGGUGCUACGUCGGUGCCCGCCAGCUCCAACGGGCCCAGGAGCUCCAUUUCCAGACACACCCCGACGCCAACGACUCGUUCGCCGUCACGUAUUCCCCUUACCAGCUGAACCCUGAUGCCCCGACGGGACCGGGCCACAGCAAGGACAAGCGGCAAUACUACGUCGACAAGUUUGGCGCCCAGCGCACCUCCAUGAUACAACAGAGUCUCUUCAACGUCGGGGCCCAGCUCGGCAUCGACUUUAGAUUUGGCGGCAAAACGGGCAACACCAGAGACUCGCAUCGACUGGUGCAGCUGGCUAAGAAGCACGGGAAUCAAGUCGAGCUGAAGACGGUGCAUGGUCUUUUUGCCGCGUAUUUCGAGAAUGAGCGGGACAUUACCGACUACGAGACGCUGAGAAGCGUGGCGGAGGAGGCCGGGAUUCCCGGAGACGAGUUUGACAGGGCCAUUGUACAUGGGGACGAUGGUGGCAAGGAGGUGGAUGACGCUGUUGUGAGGGCGAGGCUGGACGGUGUGAGCAGUGUGCCGGAUUAUCUUAUCCAGGGCAAGUACAGAAUAAGUGGUGGGCAAGAAGCCCUGGUGUUUGUACGGGCUUUUGAGAAGAUCAAGGAGCUGGAGCUGGAGCCGGAGUAG